AGCAUUUGGAAGAGUUCAUCUUUUGAAAUAUCUGCAGAGUGCAGCAGAGGCCAGAGCAAGUGGUGCUAUCCGUCUUCUUGACAGAAGACCACAGAAGAGGAAAGGCAUCGGCUGAAUAUCAGGAAGAGUGGUGAACUGUGCCACUAUGAGCAAUACUGCAAAGCCAGUGGGACCAGGAUCGGCUCUGCUGACUGAGCUACCAAAAAGAAAGAGGGGGCGGCCAAGGAAGCAGCCACAGGAACCUGCUGAGCCACUGACACCAAAGAAACCACGGGGAAGGCCAAAAGGAAGCAAAAAGCUGAAGGCCAGUAGUGGACAGACGGUGCACACAUCAGUUGAAAAAAGACCAAGAGGAAGACCGCGAAAAUGGCUUGUCAUCCAGGAGGAAGACUGUCAGAAAGACAGCAUUCAAGGAAGCAGCAAUGCAAGUUCUAAUUCACGCCCCGCCACAGAAGGCACAUCUGGGAAAGAAUGUCACAGGAUCAGCAGGACUUCAGAAUUCAGAAGACCGUUGAACACCUCCUCAGCUGCAGUUCAGCAGGAGUCUGCUUGCUGAUUUGUUAAUGUAAUGGUUUUUUAACAAAAGAAAUUAGGGAAUCUUUUGAAUUCCCAUUCUGCCACACCUGUGCAAAGUGAAUGCCUAUACACCCCCCCCCACACACACACACACAUUGCUGAUGUCUCCCCCCACCCACCCAAGUCCCCUAGGAGUCUCCUACAAGUUUCAGGCAUUCACUUUUGAAGUGGCAGGCUUUGGCCGAGGAGGAUUCUUAGAUCUCAGUGUUAACAUGGAAUUAAGGUUACAUUUUAGUCCUGAAAGGCUUUUACAGCUCUGUGCCUUUUGUUCACACUUCCGGGAACAGAGAUGUUGGCUUUAAUAAAUAAGAAGAACCUGAAUGAUGAUCAACACAAUCUGAAGCAUGUUUUUCCUCUGAAGUCCUACUUCAUUCAAUGGGGCUUACUUCCUAAUAAAUGUGUUUAGGAUUGCCACUAUAUAUAGACUACAACUUCAAGAACUUGAGGCUUUAUAUUUUUAAAUUGUUGUUGUCCUUAGUACACAUGUGCAUCUUACUUUUUUUUGUGCCAUGCUAAGAUCUCUGGUCCAACUAGUUUUGCAGUUUUUAUAGUACUUUAAGAUGGAAAACCAAAAAAGGAUCCCCAAAACAUGAUUAGCACUACUGCAAAACAUGUGUACAUUUUGUCAGUUGUCAUCAGUACUUGUUAGAUAAUGAACAUUAUGCAUUUCCUUCUCCUCCACCCACCACAAAGUCCCCCACAAAUCCUGAAGAAAUUUUGGAACUUUUUAAAAACAGAGGUUUUGUAAUUUGUUAUUUGUAAUCGUAAUUUGUUAAAGGACAGUACAUAAUGACAUAUGAGCUCACCUAACCCAUUACAAAGGAAUAAUAAAAAGCAAUAAUUUCUUUAAGA